ACAGAGGGGCUCGCCGCCUCCGCUGCCGCUCCGAAGCUCUCGCGGCGCAGCCGGGGCGUGCGGCAGCCGUGGCACCGUCGGCACCGCGGCUCGCCUCUAGCACCGCCGCUCUCACGCUGCGGCCGGCCCGCGUCGCUGAGGAGCCCCGCCGGCCAUGGAGCUCUCCGUGCGGCUGCUGCUGGCCUCCUGCCUCUCCCUGGGGGCGGCCGGAGAGUUUGACAGAAGGUGGCCCAGACAAAUAGUCUCUGCAGGACUGUGCCGGUUUGGAAGCAGAAUUGACUGCUGCUGGGGCUGGGCCCGUUUGGCCUGGGGACAGUGCCAACCUUUCUACGUCUUAAGGCAGAGAAUAGCCAGCCUAAGGUGCCAGCCCAAAGCUAUAUGCCAACCAGGAUGCAAACAUGGCGAAUGCAUUGGGCCAAACAAGUGCAAGUGCCAUCCAGGAUACACUGGAAAAACGUGCAACCAAGAUCUAAAUGAGUGUGGACUGAAGCCCCGGCCAUGCAAACACCGGUGUAUGAACACCUACGGCAGCUACAAGUGCUACUGUCUGAACGGCUACAUGCUCCUGCCAGAUGGAACCUGCUCCAGUGCCCUUUCUUGCUCCAUGGCAAACUGUCAGUAUGGCUGCGACGUGCUGAAAGGGGAAGUGCGCUGCCGCUGUCCUUCUCCAGGCCUGCAGCUGGGGUCUGAUGGUAGAACCUGCAUAGAUAUUGAUGAAUGUGCUACUGGGAGAGUUCUCUGUCCACGAUUUAGGCACUGCGUCAAUACUUUUGGAAGCUACAUGUGCAGGUGUCAUAAAGGCUUUGAUUUAAUGUACAUUGGAGGGAAAUACCAGUGCCAUGAUAUAGAUGAAUGUUCCCUUGGUCAGCACCAUUGUGGUAGUUAUUCACGAUGUUACAAUACGCCAGGAUCCUACAAAUGCAAAUGUAAAGAAGGCUACAGAGACAAUGGAACAAACUGCAUACAAAGGCCAGUGACCAGACCAACGACUCGACCUACACUUGGGCCAACAACUCGAACCACAUCAAGGCCAACAACUCGACCCACACCAAAGCCAACCACUAGGUACAUACCUGUGACAACAAGGCCAGUAACAAAGCCAGUGACAAAGCCUCCACCUCCAACGCCACCUUUACCUACAACGUUAAGACCUACAUCACAAAGAACUCCUCUGAUAACCACCACACAUCCUUUGCUUGUUCCUGUUGAAACUACAUCUUCCCAAGGAGCUACAGAUGAUAACAGGAUACAGAUAGAUCCUCAGAAACCCCGAGGGGAUGUGUUCAUUCCACGCCAGCCUGGAGUGAGCAAUAACCUGUUUGAAAUACUUGAAAUUGAAAGAGGGAUUACUGCUGAUGAAUUUGAAGCAAACGAUGACCCAGGCACGCUGGUACACAGCUGUAAUUUUGACAGUGGCCUAUGUGGAUGGAUCAAGGACAAGGAUGAUGAUUUGCACUGGGAGCCAGUUAGAGAUGCGUCAGGGGGACAGUAUCUUACCAUCUCUGAACCCAAAGGCACGGAGGGAAAAGCAGCACAUCUUAUUCUGCCACUGGGCCACAUGGCUCAGGCUGGGGACUUGUGCUUGUCGUUCAGACAUAAGGUGCCUGGGCUGCAUUCUGGUGCCCUGCAAGUCUUCGUGAGGAGAAGUGGUGCUCAUGGACCAGCUGUGUGGGGAAGGAACGGCGGCCAUGGCUGGAGGCAGACACACAUAACUCUGCGAGGACUGGGCAUCAAGAGUGUUAUUUUCAAAGGAGAGAAAGCAAAAGGAAGAACUGGGGACAUUGGACUGGAUGAUGUGAUGUUGAGAAGAGGACGCUGCUCUGAAGAGCAUUAGCAAAGACAGUGGAGUAGCACAGCCUACUCCUGCAGCCCUUCUUGUGCUAUUCUUACCGAGCGUUGAAACAGAAUUGCAUGAAAAAGGAAAAACAAUGGUGAAUGACAACUUCUUAGUGGUCUGCUAAGUGCAAUCUCGCUGAAACUUCAAUUAAAAUCAUGAAGACAUCCUCCUGGAAUUCAGGAACUGUAAAUCAGCGCUGGUUGUUUCUAUUAAUCCUUGCCUCUAAAUCUAAAGUUUGUAUGUAGUAACUUUAUCCCCUGUUUAACCCGAGUACUCACCCAAAGAGCACUUGUGAAAAAGGGAGAAUUAAUUACAAACAGUAUGAAAUCUCUGGCUUGGAAAGACUUAGUAUUAACAGAUAUUCAUUAUUUUCCCAUAGUGCUACUCUUCUAUUAAUUAGAUUUGAUAGACAGUGGGAUUGGCUUCAGAGCUAUCUGAAGCCUGGACCUGACCUCUGGAUCACUGCCAUUGACCUUUGAAGAAGGGUUGCUCCUUAUUAAACAGCAUUUAUUUUGGUCUUGCAUCUGUAUCAAAAAGCAGUUACAUAGAGUAGGCACUGCAUCCUGUAAUAUUGCGACUGCUGUGUUUUGUGUAUAUGUGUAUGGUUAUUAACAUAUUUAUGUUUUUAAUAUUUACAGAUUCUAGUUGCAAGAGAAUUGGCAGUCUGUGCUUUCUUACUGCACAGGAGAGGAGCUCAGCACGCUGCGGGAUCCCGCUGGUCGUGCCAAGAAAUAGGUUACCAAAGUCAGCUAAUGGUGCUCAUUGAAAAGUGCUGGUACAGUUUUCAUGUGGUAAUAUGCUGAAGGCAAAAGACCAAAUCCUUACCUACUGUAAACUGGCACCUCAUCAUGCUGCACAGGUCUGUCUUUAGCUCAGGAGCCAACCCUCAAUCCUGCCAGCAGCUCCUGCGCAGCCUGCAGAAUGCCACUGGCAGACGGUACGACUGUGCCCAUCGAACCACCAGGAACAUUCCUUCCUUAUGGGGCACGAGCCUAUACAAAAGCAAAAGAAGGCAGCUGUGUUACUGCUGUACAAACAAUUCAGACCGUGAAAUGCCUUGAGUCACCUUUGUAUAAUGUCCAUAUUCUACAAGUGUUCUGUAUAUAAUAAACAUCUAACUGUUUAGAACUAGAACAAAUGUUAGCUCUUGCUGGCGCUAAAUAUUUAUCAGAACUUUGGACUAACUUUCUUAGUUUUGUAUCAUGCACGUGGUCUGCAGGUUCCCAGGGAAUUCUUCCAUUUGGUUUAGGACUUCUAGACGAGGAACAUCAUCUUUGCUGUUAAGGAUUCUAAAUUUGACAAUAGCAACAUUUCGGAAGAUGACAGAAGAUGGAUAAGGUGUUCUUAGUGGCACAGCCUUAAAGCUUAAAAAAUUUAUAGAUAGCAAAAAUAGGUCUCAGAUCUUUUAAAUACUUACACAAAGUGUAAAACAAAUGUCAACUUCGUAUCUUGUUACAGAAUUAUCAUUAAAACUAAGUCAAACCUUGCAGCAAGGCUACAGCCAUGAGAGGCCAUAUUCCAAAUGGCUGUUUCUGCCAAAGUACCCUUUUAAGAACAUUUUUCCACUUUGUCCCUUAUGACACCAUCAGCAUUGUAUGUACAGCAGAAGCCUAUCUGACCAAACAGAUCAAUAUUCUCCUGCACAAAUGCAUCAACAAACAUUCUGAAAUGGAAGCAAACCACAUAUUUGUAAAAAAAAAAAAUUCUGGCAACUAUUUUGCUUCAAUUAUGAUCAUGAUCUGUCUUCUCUUACGUUAUUUUGCAAUGUGUAAGAAAUAUUUGUGAAUAGUUGAAAUGACUUGUCCUUAUUUUAAAGUAAUCAGUAAAGAAGGCUGUUACUUGAUACUAGUGGGAAUAUCUUGUUUUCAUUUCUGGAUCAAAUCUCUCAUUAUUGCGAUGGAAUGAAUCAAGAGAUGGCAAUGUAGUAGUUAAAUACAUAACUAUUAUCAAAUUUUAAAUUAAAA